GCACUUCCCAUCCUCCAAGUUGUUUGGGUUAAACUCGUGAAAAAUGAGAAAUUGUUAGAAAAAUGUCGCGAAAUCUCUCCCCGACGCAGCAGAAAAUCGCGGAGAAGCUCUCCAUCCUCAACGACAGAUGUGUGGGAAUACUGACGAGGAUCUAUAACAUCAAGAAGGCCUGUGGCGAUGCCAAAUCAAAGCCUGCAUUCCUGUCAGACAAGAGCUUGGAAUCAUGUAUCAAACAUAUUGUCAGGAAGUUCCCCAACAUCGACAGCAAGUCGCUGCAAGCCCUUACCAAUGUACGGACCGAUAUUAUGAAGUCCCUCUCCCUCUACUAUUACACAUUUGUCGACCUCCUUGACCUGAAGGACCAUGUGUCAGAAUUGCUUACUAUUAUGGAUGCCUUAGCCAUGGCUGACUCCUUGGACAUUAAUGUGAGCUAUGACUUGACAAAAGGCUACCUUGAUUUGGUAACAAAUUAUGUAACUCUGAUGAUUCUUCUGUCGAGAGUAGAGGAUCGGAAGGCUGUUUUAGGACUGUUUAAUGCAGCUCAUGAAAUGGUCAACAAUCAAGGAGAUCCAAGUUUUCCACGUUUGGGCCAAAUGAUUAUGGAUUAUGAAACGCCACUGAGAAAGCUGAAUGAAGAGUUUGUGCCUCAUGCCAAGCUCCUCUCGGUGGCUCUCAGUUCACUCUGGGUGUUAUAUCCUCGGAGAAACCUCCGAGCAGACCAGUGGAGGGCAGCACAAAUGUUAAGUUUGGUGAGCACACCAAGUCAGCUUCUGAACCCUGCUCAGACUGAUGUCAUGCCGUGUGAAUAUUUGUCAUUAGAUGCUAUGGAGCGCUGGAUCAUCCUUGGGUACAUGUUGAUCCCACAGACAUUGCAAAAACAAGCAGCCCUUGAAUGUUGGGCACAAGCCCUACAGACAGGAUGGGUUAUUACACUAUUCAGAGAUGAAGUGUUGCACCCGCAUUCUUAUAUCCAGGCAUACCUGGAGACUAAAAAAGAACUCAGUAAACGAACAUCUGAUGUAAAGGAGAGUUAUUCUCAUGCUGUGACACAUGCGCCACUCAUGCACAGAGAACGCCGAAAGUACCUACGCACAGCUUUGAAAGAGCUCGCCCUGAUCCUCACAGAUCAGCCAGGACUGUUAGGUCCAAAGGCUCUCUUUGUCUUCAUGGGUCUUAGCUUUGCAAGAGAUGAAGUAUUGUGGCUGUUGCGUCACCAUGAGAACCCACCUCUGCAGAAGGUCAAGGGCAAGACUGCUGAUGACCUAGUAGACCGACAGCUUCCUGAACUGCUUUUCCACAUGGAAGAAAUUAGAGCUCUAAUCAAGAAAUACUCUCAGGUGCUACAAAGAUACUACAUUCAGUACUUGUGUGGCUAUGAUGCUAUUGCACUAAACCAGCUGAUCCAGAGCUUGCAGAAUCUCCCAGAAGAUGAGUCUGUCAUCCUCUCCUCAAUGUGCAAUGAAAUUGGGAAUCUUUCAGUCAAACAAGAGGAGGGUGCAACAUUUGACUUCCGAGGCAUCCGCCUGGACUGGUUCCGACUUCAGGCCUAUUCCACGUCAAAUCGCUCAGGGUUGCACCUCAAAGACCAUAGGGAGCUGACGGCCCUCAUCAACCAGAUUGUUUUCCACACCAAGAUGGUCGAUUUCCUGGAUGAAAUGUUGAUAGAAACAUCUGACCUUUCCAUAUUCUGCUUUUUCAGUAAACAGUUUGAGGAUAAUUUCCACAUGUGCUUGGAGUUUCCAGCCCAGAAUCGUUAUAUUGUCUGCUUUCCUCUAAUAUGUUCACAUAUGCAAGCCUGUACCCAUGAGAUCUGCCCCGAAGAGCGUUAUCACAUACGAGAAAGGAGUCUGUCAGUAGUCAACAUGUUCCUAGAGGAAAUGGCAAAGGAAGCCAAGAAUAUUAUAACAACCAUCUGUGAUGAACAGUGCAUUCUCUCUGAUAAGCUCCUGCCAAAGCACACUGUUCCUCUCCUUAUUCAUAAAAAGAAAGAGAAAAAGAAGAAAAAGGAGGACACAACAGAAGGGCGGCCAGGCUUUGAGAGCUACAGAAAAACUAGAGAGGAAUUGACAACGAUGGACAAGUUGCAUAUGGCCUUGACAGAGCUUUGUUUUGCAAUUAACUACUGCAGUCAGAUCCAGGUUUGGGAAUACACCUUUGCGCCAAGAGAAUAUCUCUACCAGCACUUGGAACAAAGGUUUGCACGAGCAUUGGUGGGAAUGGUCAUGCACAACCCAGACACCAAUGAGAUUGCCAAACCAUCUGAGCUGUUAGCAAGUGUCAAGACUUACAUGAGUGUGUUGCAGACUGUUGAAAAUUAUGUCCACAUCGACAUCACAAGGGUGUUCAACAAUGUCCUCCUGCAGCAGACACAGUUGCAGGAUAGUCAUGGUGAAAAGACCAUCACAGCCCAUUAUAAUACAUGGUAUUCUGAGAUACUCCUCCGACGAGUUAGUGCAGGUCACAUUGUGUUCUCAGAAAAUCAGCGUGCCUUUGUGUCAUUAACAGCAGAAGGAGCUCAGCCAUUUGCGGCAGAAGAAUUUUCUGAUAUCAAUGAGCUUAGGGCUUUGGCUGAACUAAUUGGCCCCUAUGGAAUGAAAGCACUAAAUGAGAAUUUGAUGUGGCACAUUGCCAAUCAGGUGCAAGAACUGAAGAAAUUGGUGAUCUUGAAUAAAGAGGUUCUGCUUUCUAUGAGAACUAACUUCGACAAACCAGAUCAAAUGAAGGAGUUGUUCAAGAAGUUGCAGCAGGUGGAUAGUGUCCUGUCACGCAUGCAGAUCAUUGGAGUGAUUCUCUGCUUCCGACAGCUGGCUCAGGAAGCCUUGGCAGACAUUCUUGACAACCGCAUUCCCUUCCUCAUGUCAUCCAUUGCCGACUUCAAGCAUCACGUUCCAAAUGGUGACACAAUGAUUGAGAACAUAAAGCUGCAGCUUGUGAAUGAGAUGUCUUCAGCCGCUGGCCAUCCAUGUGAGGUUGACCCAGCUCUUGUCAAUGUCUUGCGAUCUCAUAAGAAUGAGGUACCGGAUGAGGAAUUCAUCAUUACGUGCUUGUUGAUGGUAUUUGUUGCUGUUUCUAUUCCGAAACUAGCACGGAUGGACAACACAGUAUACAAACCAGCUUAUGGUGCCCAUGCCAACAACUCCCAUUGUCUGGCUCAGGCAGUAAAUACGCUUUUUGCUGCUCUCUUCACCUACUGUGGGCGAGCACAGGACAUCGAGGAGAGGUUGAAGGAGUUCUUGGCUCUGGCUUCCUCCAGCCUCCUCCGCCUAGGACGAGAGAAUGACAAGGAUGUUAUAAAGAACAGGGAUGCAACAUACAUCUUAUUACAUCAGAUUGUAGUGCAGUCACCCUUCCUAACCAUGGACCUUCUGGAAGCAUGCUUCCCCUAUGCCCUCAUCCGCAAUGCCUACCACACAGUACACAAGGCAGAGCAGUAGAUGAUGGGUUAGAAACCAUUUUUAAAAAAUUACCUGAAUGUUCAUUCCCUGUCUUUCUUGUACUCUCUCUGUCUCCCACUUUCACUCUUUUCCAUUCUCACUUCUUCCACCCUUUCCUUCACUCCUUCAUUCCUAUGACCUGACCUGAGUUUUAUUUAGUCGAUAUAUAUGAUAGUCAAAGGUUAAUAUUACUUUUAGUAUUACCAAUCUUUAGUUAUUUUCAUCUUGUGGCACAAGAGUUCAUAUGCCAAGUCAGAUUAUAUUGCCUUGCACAAAUUCAUUUGGUAAUCCAUCAUAUGAUUUACAAAUUCAUAGGUGAUGUUUAUCUCUUUUUGUAUGAUCAUUGUUUAGGUGUUUAUGAUUUUGAUAAAUCUCAUUUGAAGUGUGGCAAGAGGAUAGUGUUGGAAGUCAUGACUGAUGCUAUUAUUUUCGCUUUAUUACAACUUUCUUGGGAACUUGAUUAUUUACAUUUUAUCCAAGAUUUUUUUUAAUUCUUUAUUCUUGUGGGGUCAUAAUACAAGAAAAAGAAAGUGAUGUUAAAAAAUGAGUAAAUCAAUAUUAAGUCCCAGUCAUUUGAUAGUUUUUGCUCUCCUUUCAAUUCAGAGGGGUAAUUACCUUUCAUUGUACUGACUUGUGAUGAGGAUAUAUGAUAAGGUGCCUCUCAUUUUGGCCAUUAUUUUUAUAUCUGAAGUCUACCUGUGAACUUAAAAUGGUAUAUAGCAAAGCUGUUUAAUGAAAGGAUACAAGACAAUAAUAUGUAUUGUACUUGCCAUGGUCUUUUCCCCCACAUCAAAAGUGCAUCUGCAAGGCAGAACAUAAGCCUUUGGUUCCUCUAUCAUUUUAGAAAAUAUUCUGUACUACAAAUCAGUGCGUUAUAAAGUUGUCAAAGUUAUCAUUGAUAAUGACACUGAAACUUAGGUUAUUCCCCCAUGCAGCCUUAGCCAUUGUCAGUGCUGUGAGAGAUAUUACUGUAUUCUGAAUUGUGUUUGAAAAAAGGUAAUGUGUUAGCAGGUUGUCAAGUUUGUAGAUAAUUAAUUUUAAUAACCUGCCAUUGGAUAUAUUUAUAACAAAGCAUUAUAUAUAUAUGCAGAUUCUUAAAUAUUUUUCCUGUGUUCAUGUCCAUAAUAAAGAUAAAAGAUGACGUAGUAUCUUUAUUGAAUAUGAUUGUCACAAACAAGGAAAAUACCAGUGAUUUUUGCAAUGUCAUUUGUUAUCAUUCUGGAAAUUUAGUCAGAUGGCAUGAAAUGCACAAAAGCCACAGGCAGUGAAAUUUUAUAGUACAAAUAUGCUUUUUUUCAAUGGAUUGUGGAUUCCUAAUUCAAGAGUUGUUUUAUCAGCAUGUGACAAAUGUGGUGACAAAGGUGUAAGGAAAGUCUAGAUUUUUUCUUGAGUUGAUAUUGCAUUAUGUUUAUUAGUUUAAAUUACCAUUUCAGCCAUAAUUUAUUUUCCCUCUAGCCAUGAAUCUUAAAGAGAGAACUGUCAUUGUAAUGUGUGGUAGUGUGCCCUUGAUAAUGUGUUACGUCUAAUGAUCAUAGUAAAUAGAUCUUGUGUUCAUUUGUGUUCACUUCCAGAUAAUGAAAGGCUAGGCUCAAUCUGCUUGUUAUUUCACAGUAGACAAUAUGACCUAUGGCAGUUACUGUCAACAAGUGUUAAUCAUUAGCAUCACUAAUGCUAUGAGGUUUAUUUUAUAUAUUUUUUACAGGAACAUUUAUCUUAACAUUACAAUGCUGACAAUAGAUGUUUGUAGACUUCAUGAAUUUGUAUUCAUAUUAUGAAUCGCCUUGCUGUAGAUGCCCGUGCCCUUUAAACCACAAGACUUCUUGCAAACAAAGGAAAAUGUACCAAUUUACACAAUCUUGAAUUUCACUAUCUAGCUUAAGUGUAUAUGUAUGUAUAUAAGUAUAGUAAGUAUGCACUACUAGUUGAUACUUGUGAGUUGGUAUGCCUUCAAUAGUCUGUUUGUUAUUUCUGCAUUUUUUAGGAGAUAUUAUUUCAUCUUUUUAGUAUAUUGAGGAAGAAUUGUUAAAAUUCCCUGUGAUGAUUCAAACUUCACCAAACAGGAUUAAAUGAGAAGAAUUCAAGGAUUCAAGGGUGGUAAGAACUCUGAUUAAUAGAAUCUAUAUGCAUAUGUGGUUAUAUCAUGAGCAAUUGCAUUAUUGCAAACAUGAGAAAUUUUGAUUCCAUUUAGGUGCUCUAGCUUUGUUUGCAAAAAAAAAAAAAAAAAUGUAUUGAGAAAAAUGAUAACGAAUAAAAUAAAAUACAGUAUACCAAACAUUCUCUAUUGGUAAGAGACAGUUUCCUAAUCCCAGUUGAUGCUGGGGUCUACAAGGAUAUGUUUUGUAAAGUUUAUGUAUAUGGUAUUAUCUGUGCUUCUAUAAACUCGGUUUAAGUAUUAGUUUUCAGAAUGAUACAAUCAGUGACUUGGGCUUAGAUUUUGGAAUCUUUCCUCUCACUUUUAAAGCAUUAAAUUAUGCUUUUAGGAGGAUUUUCUAAAGCUCACAGUGACCUGUAUGUGUCAUGGUAAUCAAAAGCUGACUUGAAUUUUGUAGACGAUAAGGAAUUUUAGAGCAGGGUUUCAUAUGUUAUUCUUUUAUAUGUAUUUAAUUGUCUGAAAGAUAAUAACAAAAAAUAUUGUUUAUGUCUUGUGCUUGACAUAGUUCUAAAUUCUGGUUGUGCCUCACAUAGAAAAGUUUUGUGUUUUGUAGAAAAUUUUGAUUUCAAACUCAUAAUUGUGAGGUUUGCUAGUGACCAUUUUGUAUGACCAUUAAGAGUCAUUAUUUGAUAGGGUGUGAUAACAAAAGAUUUCCCUAGACAGUUAAGAUUACCAUCUUUGUCGCUCAAUAGAAGUAUGGUCUUAUUGCUGUUUACUGUAGAAUUUAUAUUCAAGCCUUCUAUGCAGUGGUCUGAGAAGUCAGCUUUUGAAUAUAACCAAAGGAUGAAUAAAUUUUGAAUUACCUUUA